UAGAAAUACUGUGAGAGAAAGGAAAACUCUCUCAGUCGUAUUAAACUGCACAGCGAUCACAUCAUAUCCCCUGCUUCAACAUGAGGACCCUUCAUGUCACUAUUCUCCUGGCACUGUUUAUCUGGACCAUGUAUGCAUUGGCUGACACAGGAAAGAUAAGACAGAAACGAGCUUGGAUCAUUGAUUCUUUCUCUAUUGAAGAAGAAAACCCUGGUCCAUUUCCAUAUAUACUAGGCAAGAUUGAGCUCACUAGGGCUUAUUUAGUGUCUUUCGAACUCCAGGGCCAGGGAAUUGAUAAAGAACCAAAGGAUGUUCUCUCGAUUAAUAAAGAUACAGGUGAAAUUUAUGUUCAUGGGAAAGUGGACUAUGAAGCUGUGGACAAGAGCAAGAAACUCAAAUUACAAUUUGAAGCAAGAAACAAAUCCAAUAAUGCAUUGGACACAAGGUUUGGGGUUGAAAUCAAGAUACUGGACAUAAAUGAUAACCCCCCAUUAUUUCAAUCAGCCAAAUAUGAAGUAACUGUGGAUGAGUCACAUUUGCAAGGUAAAGAGGUACUGACAGUGUUGGCAUCUGAUAAAGAUGAUCCGAGUACAAAAAAUGGCACCUUAUUUUUCACAAUCAAGUCUGUCACGCCAAAGACAGACAAUGCUGAGUUCUAUAUCCAACAGCAAGGAGAAUCAGGGACAAUUUAUUUUAAUGGGUGUUUGGAUUACGAGAAAGCUCAGAAAUACACAAUCCUGGUUGAAGCAAAGGAUGACGGAGAAAAGAUCAAACUUUCAAGUACAUGUACUUUGAUAGUCAAAAUCUUGGACAAAAAUAACAACCUUCCAGAAUUCUCAGGCAAAACAGGCCCUGGGAAAGUUAAGGAGCGAGAGACUGGGUUUGAAGUUUUGCGACUGCAAGUAACAGACAAAGACAGCCCUAGUUCAGAAGCCUGGAAUGCCAAAUAUACAAUCCAGAAUGAUAAAAAACAGUUUUUUAAAAUAGAAACAGACCCCGUUACAAACGAAGGCAUUUUAACAGUUGUUAAGCCAAUGGACUAUGAGGAGCAAUCAUACCAAAAUCUGACCAUCAGUGUGCAAAACGAGGCUCCCUACUUCUAUUGUAAGGUUAAGAAGCAUGUACCUAAUACCAUGUGGGAGCUGGAGAACAUCAAAAACCCUGGCACAAGUUUUCCAAACCUCUAUAAGACCAUUCAAGUGUCCAUUAAUGUUGAAGAUGUCAACGACCCUCCAGUUUUUAUACCCCCUUUAAUAGAGGUUGUGGUAAUGGAAAAUAUAAAAGUAGGCACAUUUAUAACAACCUUUACUGCUAAAGACAUGGAUGGAAGCCACAUAAACACAUUUAAAUUUGUGAAAGGAGAAGAUAUUGGUGAGUGGAUAACUGCUGAUGCCAAGACUGCCCAAAUUUCCACGGCUAAAAUUCUGGAUAGAGAGUCACCAUUUGUGGUAAACAGCACCUAUAGAGCAACACUGUAUGCUGUGGAUGAUGGUGUACCACCGCUGACCGGAACAGGAACUCUGAUUAUUCACAUCAACGAUCAGAAUGAUAACGUACCAAUGCUGGUGGUUAACAAUGUUGAUAUGUGUCUGUCAAAAGAGCCCACAAUGGCCAACAUCACAGCUGUAGAUCCUGACCUUCCUCCAUACAGCUCACCCUUCUACUUUGAGCUUCUGGGAGAUGUUAAGGAAAAAUGGAGGAUUGAUCCAGGUCAUGGGACAACUGUGAACCUUGUAAAAGAAAAUAGUGUAUAUUCAGGCUAUCACCUUCUACAGAUCAAGAUAUCAGACCAGCAGGGAUGUCAUGUCAUACAGAACCUGUCGGUCACAGUGUGUGACUGCUCCAGUAAUCCUAAUUGCCAUGUCACGAUGGUGUCGGGGGCCCGGAUAGGUGCUGGUGCUGCCUUGAUCUUUGUCAUUGCAGUUUUGGUCCUCAUAGCAAUGUUCUUAAUGGCUUUGCUGAUCUCCUGCAAGACGGAGAAAAAAAUGAUUUUGAUGGAUGAGGGCCUUGGAUAUCUGGUCACAACGAAUACUGAAAAUCCUGGAACAGAUUGCAUGGUGCCUGCUGGUGUAAAUGUCAAUCAGACUGAUUAUUCCAAAGAACAGAACACUGUCAAAGUCUCUAGCCAAGCAAAUGCAGUACAGAGCAUACCAUCAACUAAUAUCCAGGUUGUGUGUAAAGGACAACAGGCUGUUUCACAGGUUCAAAUGCAAGUCCGCACUGACCAGACAUUCCAAAGGUCAAUACGCAGGAGUUCCACAAGAAGUUCAUACAGAGGAAUUAGAAAUGUUCAGAGACUGCUGGCUCUCCAAACUAGUGACAAGGAGCUUGAUGUUUAUGAGCCACACUGUUAUGCGGAUGAAGACAAAUUUACGACCUCGGCUGAACUGGAUGCAAUCUCGAUCCCAGAGAAUGACUUUCAUCCUGCAAUGCUCAGAAAUCUGGACACAGGUUCAACCACCUAGCAAUCAUCUCCAGACCUGACUUGAUAGGAAGGUGGCAACUGUUUGUGUGGAAAUAUAGUGUUUUUAUUUGUUUUUUAAUAUGACAAUAAGAUGCUGUAUGAGAACUUGUAAUAAAAUAAAAUUAAUAUCCAAUUGUAAAUGAUCAGGGAUGUCGGGUGCAAAAUUACAGGACAAACUGAAUGAGGGUCUUCAAUGUUUUCUCUACUGUUAUAUGAGGAUUAAUAUAAGUGAUAAAUAUACUAGAUUUGUAUUUCCUGAAGCGAACAGCAGUGCUUGCAAGGUAGCAAAAGGUAGCUUAGGUUUUAGGCAUUGGUUCUGUGUAAAUUAAAUGCCACAUCAGAGCUUCUUUGUCGCUGACAUUAUGCUAAGACUUUAAAAUAAUUAUUUAUUUAAAGUCUGUGCUAUUUGCCCAGGUAAAUCCACAUUGCCCUAUUAACCUCUUCAGCUCUGCACUACUCUUCAGACCUGCCAGAGGGUCCCUGGGCAGAGCCAGAUGUUCACAUAAAUAGUCGUUUGUGGUACCAUUUAAAGGUGAGAAUCCGAACAUUGCACAGAACUCCAUCACUUUUGCGCUGACUAUUUUACAUAAAAACAAAAUAAGACCUGAAAACCUCCAUGUCACAAAUAAGCGCCACCCUAUGGUAAUGUAAGUAUAUAAAUACAAAAAUAAAAGCUUUUCAAUAGCACUAAAAUAGACAAAUUGUGUAUUAAAUGAAAGCUCUCGUUCUCAGGAAUGUGACUAUGCAGUUAUGUUUGGCAAUUUUGUUGCUCAAACACCAUUAUUUGAAUGAUUAUUGAGAAUCACAAAGCAAAAUAUAAUCUUUUUAUGAUGACAAAGACAAAUGUCUCAUGUCUGUUCUAAUUUCUUCUUCUGCAAGCCCCAAGUAGCCACAAACUCUAUAUCAGCUCUUACCUUAGGCUGUUUUCUUAAAAAACAAACAAUUUUUUACUUGUCUGUGAGCUUGCUUUGGUACUUAAUCCAAUGUUAUGUCUCAGAUGUCCAGAAAAAGCAUGAUAAACAAGUCCACUGCUAAAUAUGUUCUCAACAACUGAAGUAUUAUACAUCACUGCAAAGCUGAGAAUCACAGUUUUCCAAUGACAGAGCCAGCAUCAAAGGCUUUCAAAGACAGGAUAAAAUAAAUAAAUACAUAUAUAUUUUAUUUUUAUUUUUAUUUUUAUUUAUAUUUUUUUUUAAUGGACCAACAUUUUGCAGUUUGUACACUGUAUGUGUGAAAGGUUUAAAAAAAAAGGAGGCAGCAGUCAAAAUAUGCAGCAGAUCUAAAUAAGUUUAAGCAGGAAAGAAGGGUAAAAAUAAUUUUAUUUAAUAAAGAUAUUUGUGCAGUUGGCAGAAAUGAUUCAUCAAAUUAUAAUCAAAUGAUGGAGAAGAGCAUUAUAACUGAGCAUAUGCCAAAUGUACAGUGUAGUCAAGUGCAUCUUCGGUAUUUUAAAGAGAUGAUGGCUGGAUCACUGUGCUUUACAGUGCUAGCAGAGUGUGCCAGAUUGUGGUAGUCUUCCACAAUAUAUGACUUAAAACCAGCCCGCAAGAUUGGAAUUGUACCAUACAAAAUUGUGUUCAGCUCAGAUUUUGUGGCCGUGUUUGUGCCACUGGCUGAUCUGCAUAAUUCCUUAAGUGAACCAGGCGCUACAGCAGUGCAGAGAGCACAUGCAAAUAAUGAUGAUUUGUGCAAUUCAUUCCAUUCUUUGUGAAUUUUCCCCUCAGAUCUCUUGUUGGCUAUGCAUAUGGCAGAUUUUCAAACUUUAAUCAUCGUUUUUUUUUAUUUUUAUUAUUAUUUAUUUAUUUUUAAUAAAAUUUACACACAAAAAAGAAAAAAAAAAGCUAAUUUAAAGCUCAAAUUAUCUAUAUACCAAAGUAUGAAUGGAGUCUGUACAAUGCAGUUCAGCCUUAAUCAGUCCCUCCAGGAUUUUGCAAAACAUGGUAGAUUUAACCACUCUGCGCAUUAUUUGCUGUAUCUUGCAAUUUUGUAUAAUCUCCAAAAAAAAUUCACAUAAACCACGAAUCUGAGGUAUUUCGACCACUUUUCUUCAUGUCUGACAGCAGCAAAACAAUUGUUCAAAAAUCUUGAAGCAGUCGAGACAUAUCCAACUGCACAGCCCCCAUUCUAUCAUCUAUCAUAUAGUUGCCAACUAUCCAGUAUUAGCUGGGACAUGGGUAUAUCAGCUGAAAUACUGAGUGUGGUCUGCAGUGCGGUUCAGAGUUCAUUUGGAAUGCUCACCUAAUGCACUGUUGCCCUCGUAGGCAUAAAAUUGUAAUAAAAAAUAAUUAAAAGUCUGUUAUUGAACUGAUUCAUAUCAUUGACCAAUUACACGGGUUUCACCUUUUAAAUGUAUGGUAUUUUUGUGUAUAUUUAUUAAUUCAUUUAUUUUUUUGCCUGCUAACUGCAUAUUUAAUUAUUAUGCACUAAAACAUUUACAGAUAAUUGCACUUACCUGCAUACUAUGAUUAUUUGUGGAUUUUACUGUCAAAACAACACAACAAACACCAUAUUGAUGCAAAAAAUUCAGUCAUUUUGGACUGCAAUAAUCAA